GCUCAGCACAGUUCUUCGUUGCUGCUGCUAGUGUCUGUUUGUGUUCCACUGAACGCUUAGCAUACCACGUUUUUGGUACUUAAUUGGAAAAAGCAAAAAAAAAAAAAAACAAGAAAGAAGCAAAGAAAAAAGAAUUCAAACCGUGAUCAGUCGGCGUUCGGUAAACGAUCGCAUACACGUAUAUAUUGAGCGCUAGUUGAAACUGCGCACAGUUUUGAAGUGAAGACGCGUUAGCGCGCUUAAGUGUUUGAAAGCAAAUAAAAACAAAAAUUUCCUCAGGAAAUGUGAACAUUUAAUUUGAAAAGCCAAAAAAAAAAAACAGAAACUCAAAAUAUAACAAAAAUUAAUAGACACUGUGAAGUGCAAAACUAAAAGUGAAGUUACAAAAAUAAAAAUACAAUAAAGUCUACAAAAUGCAUACAGUCGAAGAUAUGUUGGGCGAGAAAAACUACAGUAAAUGUCCUUUGAAGAAACGUCCCAUCAACUAUCAGUUCGAGGAGGACAACUCAACAGAUCUUGUGGAUGCAAAAAUGUCUGCGGCCACACUCAACGGCGCAGACGAUCACACAGAUCAACCCGAAAAUUUGAGUCUCAAGAAACGCGCCUACGACGCAGAUGAGUUUGUGUCCAACAGCGCGUCCACAGCUCACGACGAGCUCAUUAAUGUCAGUGAUAGCUGUGAGGAUGAGGGCGUCGACGUCGAUCACACCGAUGACGAUGCGUCCAUGGAUAUGUUGGAUGAAGAUGAUGAGGAGGAAAUCAUCGAUUGUGUUGAAAUUGAAGAACAAACCGAUGCCUCCACAAAUACCACACAAGCUGCUGCUUUGGCAGCCGCUGCUGCUGUAGCUGCUGCCGCUGUUGUAGUGCCUAAGCCCACGUAUGCUAAAUAUGGUCUUCAGCCAUGGAAUUUCCAUAUGUCUCCAUACACCGCUGAAUUCUACCGCACAAUCAAUCACCCACAUUUGGCGCAACAGAUCUCACCGCUACGUGGGGAUCUGCUCUCGCCCAGUUCGCCAUCCGCCGAUUCACUGGGUUCACUGUCGCCACCACCACAUUACCUGCAUGGACGCGCCAACUCCGUUUCGCCACCAGUGCGCUCCGAAAUCAUACAUCGGCCGAUUGGUGUGCGCCAGCUGCCACAAUCACCCUCACAGCAUACGCACCGCUUCAUGCCCUACCCGCUGCCAGCUGCCUACCACGCGCCACACACACCACACCAAACACCCGCCUACACAGCCGCGCUUAGCUACCACCAUCAUCCACAUGCGCCCAUAUCGCCUACAUACUCCGAAUCCUCGUACUACUCCAUGCGCUCCAUGACACCUGAGCCACACUGCCCCUCACUGCCUGAGGAUUUGUCGCUGAAGCACAGCGCGCUGCAAAAGACGCCACAAAAGUUGAGUGGCGAAAAACGCGACUUGUGCGCCAGCCAAAGCAGCUCCGCACCCAGCACGCCCACUACAAAGAAGGAUAAGUCGACGCCGCCGCGCUACCAAUGCCCCGACUGUCAGAAAUCCUACUCCACGUUCUCGGGCCUCACGAAACAUCAGCAAUUCCAUUGUCCCGCUGCCGAAGGUAAUCAGGUGAAGAAAUCGUUUAGCUGCAAGGAUUGCGACAAGACUUACGUCUCGUUGGGUGCGCUCAAAAUGCAUAUACGCACUCACACACUUCCCUGCAAGUGCAACAUUUGCGGUAAGGCUUUCUCACGUCCCUGGCUGCUGCAGGGUCAUAUACGCACACACACCGGUGAGAAGCCCUUCAGCUGCCAGCAUUGUCAUCGCGCCUUUGCCGAUCGCUCGAAUCUGCGCGCUCAUCUGCAGACGCACUCCGACAUCAAGAAGUACUCCUGCGGCAAUUGCUCGAAGACCUUCUCGCGCAUGUCGCUGCUGACGAAACAUUCCGAGGGCGGCUGCCCCGGCGCCAACAGCGGUAGCGGCAGCAGUUGUGCCAGCGCUGUGACGAGCGACUCGGGCGCGUCUGCGCACGAACUCCACAGCUAUCCAGUGUUCGUCGAGCAUUAAAGCGCCUGCGUUGUAAUGCAGAAAAGCUGCGCGGCCAAGCCGAGUUUGCCAUGUACCACCAAAAAUUAGUUCCUAGUUCGAAACCCACCAACCGCAACAGCAAACAACAGUGUGAAAAUAGCAUCCACAGCGCGUCUAGACAAUCUUCAUUCAAAAUGAGUACCUUAAGCGAAUAUAAGUAACUAUAUAUAUAAUAGCCCCAGUGUGCGCGUUGUUAGCCCGAAAAGAAAAAUUUAGCACAAAUAUUUAAAAAAACAAACACAUAUUUCAAUACCUCUAGUCAGCUCAAAAUAUAUAGCUAACUUCAUUACUACAAAAAAAACAAAUUUACUACUAACAGUUAACUAUUGUAAACAGGCCUUGCAUUUACCACAAACACAAUCUCAACUACUAUUUUAUAUACCAAUAAGCUCAAUUUUAAAAGCUCGAAAAUAAUUUUUAUAAAAAAAAAAAAUAAUAAUUUGUAAAUUUUGUAAAAAAUAUUUUACUUAUAAGAUAAAACUGUAAUUAGUAGUCCUAGUUAUUUUCUAGUUUUAGCUUCGAAGAAAUGUUAAAAAUUUUCUCAAAUGGGCAGCAUUUUGUAGAAAAGAAGAGUUUAUGUAAUAAGCAUACAUAUUUUUUAUAAAUAUAUUUACAAUAUAAAUUGUAUAGCAACUAUUUUUGUAAAAACUUUUCAAUCAUACCUAUAUACCUACGUAAAUAUACAUAGUAGUUAGCCAUUAGUUGCAUUUAAGCAAUCAUUAUUUUUAUAAGAAAACAUAUUUUUAGUAACAUUUAAUUGUGAAAAAAUACAAACAAAUUAUUUAUUGAAGAAGGGUUGAAGCGGAAUAUG